AUGAUCGGGCAUCAUUCAUAUGAUAACAUUGCUGAAUGCAUUGAUAAGGUGCUUAAUGAAUUUAAUAUUCAAAAUAAAACAACCCUAGUUGUUACAGAUAAUGCUGCAAAUUUCGUAAAGGCUUUUAGAGUGUUCAGUAAUGAAAAUGAAACUGAAACUGACCAUACAGUUAAUGAAAUUGAUGCCACAGAAACAGUAGAAACGAAUAUUGAUCCAACAAACAUUGAAAUUAUAGAAUUAACCGAUGUUUUGGAAUCACAAGACAUAGAAAAGUCUUUGGCUUUCUCAUUGCCUCCCCAUCAAAGGUGUGCAGCGCACACCUUAAAUUUGAUUGCUGUGAACGAUAUACGUGAAGCUGAAAAGGAUGUUACAUAUAGACUUAUGAGUAAGAGAGUGUUUGGAAAGUGCCAAAAACUUUUUAACAAACAAAAUCAGUCAACGCUUUGUGCUGAUCAAAUAAAAAAAUACCUAGGUCGAUAUCUUAUUACACCUAAUGCAACAAGGUGGAAUUCUUACUAUGACGCCAUAAAAUGUGUUGUGAAUCAUAUAGAAAAAAUUGAAAUGAUCUGUAUUGAGCUGCAAUUGCCAAUUAUUUCAAAACCUCGAGAAGUUGCGUUUUUAAAUGAAUAUUGCAAAGUGAUGAAGCCUAUAGCUCAGGCCUUGGAUAUACUGCAGGGAGAUAAACAUGUGUCAUUAGGGUACCUGCUCCCCACAAUAAGUGUAAUAAAUAAAUCAUUAAACGAGAUGAACAAUUUAUCUUUUUGUAGACCGCUUGUUAAUGCAUUAAAGAAAGGUACAGAUAAAAGGUAA